UAAAUAAAGUAAAAUAAUUGUUUUUGUCAACGUGAGGUUUAAAUCCCAAUUACUCUUUAUUACUACAACAGUUUCUCUAAUUUUCUCUAAAACAUGGAACCCUCAUGGUUUGUUUCCUCAUUGUAAAAAUGCUGUAUGUUUUUUCUUAUGCGUGAGUAGAGGUGGGGUUUUUGUCUCAUCUCUGUGUGCUUCCUCUGUGGUGGCCCCAUAGAUGUUGUCAUUAGGGAUACUGGAUCACUAGAGCUAAUUUCUGCUAACCUUGUGAACCUGCUCACUGAGGAGACUACAAUAUCAAAGGAUUACAAUUUGAGUUUACUGAUGGAGGAAUUAAAAUGGAACGGGAACCUUGAUGACCUUUAUGAAUUAUCUGUGAACUACUCUGAUGAUAAUUACAGUUGUUGUGAGGGGGGUAAUGUGUGCAACCUAGAAGAGGGCAUGCAUUUUGAGGCGAUGUUCAUCCCAGUUCUGUACUCUGUGGCAUUUGUUGUGGGUGUCCUGGGGAACGGAGUGCUGCUGGGAGUUCUGGUUCAGAGCAGGAGGACCUGGAGUGUGACAGACACCUUCAUUCUCCAUCUGGGUGUGGCAGAUGUCCUGCUGCUGGUGACACUACCCCUCUGGGCUGCACAGUCCGCUCAACAUACAGGAUGGACCUUUGGCACCCCUCUCUGUAAGAUCACUGGAGCUGUUUUUACGAUCAACUUCUACUGUGGGAUCUUUCUGCUGGCUUGCAUCAGUCUGGACCGGUACCUGUCUAUCGUCCAUGCCACCCAGAUGUAUUCCCGCAGAAAGCCCUGGGUCGUUCAGGUCAGCUGCUUGGUAGUGUGGCUCUUCUCCCUGCUCCUCUCGAUCCCAGACUGGAUCUUUCUGGAUGCAGUGAAGGAUGACAGACGACGAAAAACAGAGUGCAUUCCCAACUACUUUGCCUUCAACUCUGAGUCAGUAUCUGACUGGAGGCUGGCAUCACGCCUGCUCUACCACACGGUGGGUUUCCUGCUGCCUUCAGCUGUCUUGAUCUUCUGCUACUCCUGCAUCUUGCGGCGGCUGCGGUGUGGCUCCCAGGGCCUCCAAAAGCAGAAAGCUUUUAAGGUCAUUGUGGCUGUGGUGGUGGUUUUCUUUCUCUGCUGGACGCCAUACAACAUCACACUCAUGAUGGACACUCUUCAUUCCAACAACACCAGCGGGGGCUGCGGAGUCAGAACAAUUCUGGAGAAAGCCAAGAUAGUCACCUCCUCCAUCGGUUACCUCCACUGCAGCCUCAAUCCCAUCCUGUAUGCCUUUGUGGGUGUGAAGUUCCGGCGUCAGCUCCUGGACAUCCUGAGGUCUCUGGGCUGCAAGCUUAAGACAACGGCUAAAGUGAAAUCUGUUGGUACCAGCAGGAGAAGCUCCAUUUGGUCCGAGUCUGCUGAUACCUCCAACUCCAUUGCUAUCUGAGACACAAACAUAUCAACAACCACAAGUACAAGCUUACAAAAUUUACUUAAACUGACAGAAAGACAGAGACAUGAGCAGCUAAGUGUAAAAUGUGUUUCUGUAAUCGUGUUUUGUUAUUUAAAAGGUGCUCUAUGCGAUGUUGGGUGACGUUACUUCUUGUUGAUAUUUUCAACAACAAAAAAAUAGCUUGCCCCUCCCUCUUCCUCAUCCCGUCCCCUCCCCCUCCAUUCUGUGCUUCCCCACACUAACCUCCCCACCCCCAAAUCGUUCUGGUUGUUUAUUGGCUGGAACACUGUUUGUGUAUGCUUCGUAGUGCAGGUGGGCACAGUUUACUUUUGUUGCCGUUUGUAGACCCUGGGCUGUCUAGAGAGACUGCGUUUUUUGGGAACAGGCAGCUUGCGGAUAGUGAGGAGAUUUUGUUGCUAUAUAAGACAACAAAUGGUCUAGCCUAAAACACAUGUGACAUCGCUUAGAGCACCUUUAACAGUGCAUUUGUCACUUAACAUAAAAAUAACUAUUGUACAAAAAUAAUGUCUAUCUGGGAGUUUUCCUCUACUUGUAGGCAGCAGAUCUAUUUUUCUUGUAGCAAAAAUAGUACAAACAUUUCCUUUUUCUGACUGCAAAUCCAUAUUGUAUUUUAACAUGCAAUACUGCAGUAUUAAUACUAGAGCUACUGUUUUAGAUACAUAACUUUAUACAUAACUUUUAAGUUACAUUUUAUACCACAGUUAAACUCUUUUGCAUUAUGUUUUUUAUACAUGGAUUGUUUACAAACCAAAUAACAUGUUAUUUUCUUUAAUCAUAACCAGCGUAUUCUCAACAUUGUUGUAACAGGAACCCUUAAAGGCCAAUUCUGAGAUUAUUUAAAGAAUGUCUAAACAU